GGGGCCCAAGUGUUCGAAGCAAAGGGGUCCCACCCUGGCCCUCUCGCUCCCGGGCUUCCCUCCACGAGUGUGGCAUGCUGCCAGCCAGAGACACAAGCGUCCAAUGGCCCGCUCUGGCAGGCUGCUCUGGCCACACUCAACCCCAACCCCACGGACAGCUGUCCCCUCUACCUGAACUACGCCACUGUGGCAGCCUUGCCCUCCAGAGUGAGCCGGCACAACAGCCCCUCUGCCGCCCAUUUCAUCACCCGGCUGGUGCGGACCUGCCUGCCACCCGGAGCCCAGCGCUGCAUCCUGAUGGUCUGUGAGCAGUCUGACAUCUUCGCAUCCGCCUGCGCCCUGGCCCGGGCCUUCCCACUUUUCACGCACCGCUCAGGGGCUUCCCGUCGCUCUGAGAAAAGGACCGUCACCGUGGAGUUCUUCCUGGUGGGACAGGACAACGGGCCCAUGGAAGUGUCCACAUUGCAAUGUUUAGCAAACGCCACGGAGGGUGUGCGGCUGGCAGCCCGCAUUGUGGACACUCCCUGCAAUGAGAUGAACACAGACAUCUUCCUUGAGGAGAUUAACAGAGUUGGAAAAGAGCUGGGAAUCGCCCCAACCGUCAUCCGGGAUGAGGAACUGAAGACAAGAGGAUUCGGAGGGAUCUACGGCGUGGGCAAGGCGGCCCUGCACCCUCCGGCCCUGGCGGUCCUCAGCCAUACCCCCGACGGAGCCACGCAGACCAUCGCGUGGGUGGGCAAGGGCAUCGUGUAUGACACUGGGGGCCUCAGCAUCAAGGGGAAGACCACCAUGCCAGGCAUGAAGCGAGAUUGUGGGGGUGCAGCUGCCAUCCUGGGGGCCUUCAGAGCUGCCAUCAAGCAGGGCUUCAAAGACAACCUCCAUGCCGUGUUCUGCCUGGCAGAGAAUGCCGUGGGGCCCAAUGCCACCAGGCCAGAUGACAUCCACCUGCUGUACUCAGGAAAGACUGUGGAAAUCAACAACACGGAUGCCGAGGGCCGGCUGGUGCUGGCUGAUGGCGUGUCUUAUGCCUGCAAGGACCUGGGGGCCGACAUCAUCCUGGACAUGGCCACACUGACUGGGGCUCAGGGCAUCGCCACGGGCAAGUACCACGCGGCAGUGCUUACCAACAGCGCAGAGUGGGAGGCGGCCUGUGUGAAGGCAGGCCAGAAGUGCGGGGAUCUGGUACACGCGCUGGUCUACUGCCCCGAGCUGCACUUCAGCGAGUUCACCUCUGCUGUGGCUGACAUGAAGAACUCGGUGGCGGACCGGGACAACAGCCCCAGCUCCUGUGCCGGCCUCUUCAUUGCCUCGCACAUCGGCUUCGACUGGCCUGGGGUCUGGGUCCACCUGGACAUCGCUGCGCCGGUGCAUGCUGGCGAGAGAGCCACCGGCUUCGGUGUGGCCCUCCUGCUGGCGCUCUUCGGCCGGGCCUCCGAGGACCCCCUGCUGAACCUGGUGUCCCCACUGGGCUGUGAGCCUCAUGCGCAGGAGGGCGACAUGGGGAGGGACUCCAAGAGACGCAGGCUGGUCUGAGGACCAGUACCCGGCCUCGGCCUGGUGGCGGAGGGCUCUUUACCUCACUUUGCACUGAUUCGUUUGAGCAGUUGAAAGACAGACUUUCAGUUGGGUUAGGGUUUGUUUUUGGUUUGUCGCUGUGGUGGUGAUGGACAGUUCGUUCUUAUGUCUUAGGAGAAAGCUUGGGCUUUGGCGGGGCUGUGGUGAGCACUGGUAGGCGUUGGGCUCAUUUCUGAGUGCGUGAUCCACAGGUCUGCCCUUGUGGCUCCGAGAAACUGCUAUCUCUGGGCCUCCCUUACGUCGUGCUCGCCGUGGAUGCCCUGCCUUCUCUGAGGGGGCCUUGCUCGUCCUCAGAAUUCAUUUGAAGUUGGAUUAAAUGCCGCCAUA